CGAAAACAACCGCCGUUUCCUCCGCUGUAACGGAGACUUCAUCUUUCCUCCGAUUUAAUGUAUUUAUACGUCAGUUUUUGUAAUUAAAAUCCCUAAUUUACUCGUUGAUUGAUUCCUUGACUGGGAGAAUUUUGACGUUUCUGUGUGUAUAUAUAUAUGUAAUUUAGGGUAUCGAAUUCGGGUUUUUUUUUUUUAUUCAGGAAAAAUAUGUUUUUUGUAGCGGGGAGAUGUACAGGUAUGUUGCUCAUGAUCUUUGUGAUAAAUUAAUGUUAUUUCCAUUUCUGAGGAGAAUAAAUGGAUUGCAGUGUGUUAAUUUGGGCGAUCGAUUUUUAGUUUGGUGGUUUUUGAUUGAGAUUGGAUGGGUUUUAUGUGAGAUUUCGUCGAAGAUUUAAUUUAAUUUGUUGAUUCAGUUAUUAAACUUAGGAGAUGUGCUUGUCAAUUUCGGAACAAAUCCUGACAGAGCUCAGAACAGUUCUAUUGUUACGUAAUUAUGGAUUUAAACUCCCGACGAUUUUGAUUUUUCUGUGUUCUAGAAAACUAAUAUUUGUUGAGCAAUAAAAAAAUGUUGGAAUCGAUAGUGUAAUAUUUGAUAUUUGCAGAAAUCAAUGGCUGAGUAAUGAUUAAUUAACUAUUUAAAUUUUGUUUGCUGUCUGGGCUUUUUGUCCUCUGAAUUCGUCUAACUGCGCAAUGAUCUCUGCUGCACGUGGUCUCCAUUUCUGUGUUCUGUCAAUACUUCCAUUUUUAAUUUGCAUAUCAUGUGGAGGGAAAUCUUGGUUAUUGUUUGGGAAUUCGUUUUACAGCAAAACAAAUUAACCCUUAGAAAACAACCGUAUCUUGUUUGUUACUAGAGAGUUUGAUUAUCAGAUUGAUCCCAAUACAAGUCUGUAAUUUUUACCUCACUUUGAUAUUAUAUCAAGCUUUUACUCCUCACUUCAUUCAAUUGUAUGGUAGAAAUUAAAGAGGUUCAUUUUGUGUGACAGCAUUUAAUCUGAAAUUAAUAUUCUGUGCAUGUUUGUGCGUGAGAGAGAGUGUGUGUGUGGUGGGCGAGGGUUAGGUGGCUGGUGCUGGUGCUGGUAUCAUUUUCAGUGAAUUCCCUUUCAUGAAAAGGAGGUGAGUGGGGAAAGAAGGAAGACAGGCCAGAAGGGCUAAUGUGAUUCUACUGGGUAUGUAUAUAUAUGAAUUGCAAGCUUACGCCAGUCCAACCAUGGCAUUCUCGUGAGAAGGACAAAAGAUUUGGGACCGUGGACACAAGGGGAAUCAAGAAAAUGAAAAGAAAAAGAUAUCAUUGAGAAAGCAGAGUGCAUUCUCAUCAUAACCUUUAGUUCUUCAAUUUCCUUCCUCUUUAUAGUAGGAAUUGACUAUGUGAGAUUAUAUCAAUAUCAUCUGCUUUCUUCUGCUUGUUAUAUUGACUGGUAAUUUUUAUUUACUCUCUGUACUUUUGUUAUUCUGCCUUUUCUGUUCAUUCCUUGAUAAUAUCAUUAAGUUCUGGAGCUUGUGAUCUGAGAAUUUGACUCAGUCUGAUGAUUAUGCGGAAGGCUUAUUGUAACUGUUGGAUGGAUAUCAAGUUUAAUCUGAUUAAGAUCUAGGUGUCUGUAGAGAUGUAUAACUUCAAGAUCCUUAUAUUUUUGUUUAAUCUGUUAUUCUUCUUCCUUCGUCUCUGGUUUCCCAUCUGUGUUAUCUGACUUCUGGUUGCACAUUUGUCCAGGUUUAGAACUGAAAUGAUUGUGUUUGGAGACGUUGCUUGGUGUUGAUGAAUCGAUUGGUUUAGAGAUCAUUGCCUGUCAAAAAGUAUGUUCAUACUUUUUGUUAGUGUAUAUGAAAGAGGAUAUGAAUGAGGUCUAAUCUGCACAGUUUGAAUGGAUGCAUGUGAAUUAGAGAAAUCGUCAGAAAAGCAAUAUACAGAAGACACUACCAGACAGCCACUUGUUGCAGCUGAAAACAAGAAUGGAACCCCCCGCAGGUCCCGAACCAGAGAAGUUACUUCUAGAUAUAGCUCACCUCCGCCAUCUACAGCCGCCGGUCCAAAGCGCUGCCCUUCACCCAUUGUCACCAGGAAAUCAACAGCUUCAAAUGUAUCGGUGUCUCCCCGAGCUAUAUCAGCUGAAAGAAAGCGCCCAUCCACUCCAUCCUCUCCACGAAGUCGAUAUCCAUCAACACCAGUCCGUGAUACAGCAGCAGAUAAGCUGUUGGCAUCAAGAAAGAUGGUAACCAGUAAGAUGCCAGAAUCUUUAUGGCCGUCAACAAUGCGAAGUCUAGCUAGUUCUUUUCAGUCUGAUUCGGGUUCUCUUUCAAUAUCUAAAAGAGAAAAGGCACUUUUGCAUACACCAUCUGAUCGCACUCUAAGGCCAACAUCAUCCAAUGCAGCUUCUCAGGGUGAAUCAACUCAAUCACACAAGCCUACAACACCAAGAAAGACGAGCUCACAAAAAGGAAAAAGUUCUGCUGAUCAGUUAGAGAAUUCAAAACCUACUGAUAGUUUAAAUGCUCAUCUACUUGAUCAACAUCGAUGGCCAAGCAGAACAAAUGGGAAGACUUUCACUGGCCUGAGCAGAAGUGAUGUUGUCGAUAAGUUGGAGAAAAGUUCUGUUUUUAGUACCAAUUCGGAAAUGAUUAAACCUUCUCUGAGGAGAUUAUCCUUGGACGGGGCAAUCAAAGGUGACGUAGCUGAUAAGUUGGACAAAGCUUCAGUUUUAUCCCAUUAUGGAACGGUUAAACCUUCGUCAAGGAGAUUAUCUCUUGAUGGGACUAUCAAAAGUGAUGUUACUGAUAAGUUGGACAGAGUUUCAGUUUUAUCCCAAUCUGGAGUGGUUAAACCUCCCCCAAGGAGAUUGUCUCUGGAUGGAACAAGCAAAAGUGAUGCUACUAAUCAAAUCGAGAAAGCAACAUCUCUAUCCCAUUCUGGAAUGGUUAAAUCAUCACAAAGGAGAUUAUCUCUUGAUGGAAGAAUCAAAACCGAUGCUACUGAUCAAAUGGACAAAGUGUCAUCUUUAUCCCAUGCCGGGAUGGCUAAACCUAGCUCAAGGAGAUUAUCACCGGAUGUGCCAAGCAAAGGUGAUUCUAGUAAUCAGAUGGGCAAAUUGUCAAGGAGAUUAUCGUUGGAUGUGCAAAGCAGAGGUGAUUCUAGUGAUCAGAUGGACAAAUUGUCGAGGAGAUUAUCACUGGACGUGCCAAGCAGAGGUGAUUAUAGUGAUCAGAUGGGCAAAAUGUCAUCUUUAUCCCAUCCUGAAUCGCCUAAACCUUCCCAAAGGAGACUAUCGUUAGAUGUAGCAGUCAAAAGUGAUGGUACAGGUCAGAUGAAUAAAGUAUCCCAUUCAGGAACAGUGAAACCUUCUCCACGGAGGUUAUCGCUAGAUCCGACAAUCAUCAGUGAUGCCACUGAUAGGUUGAAUAAAGCUUCAGUUUCGUCAAAUUCUGGAUCCAGUAAAUCACCUCCAAGAAGGUUAUCACUGGAUGGAACAAGCAAACCUUUAAAGAAAGCUGCUACUGAUAUUUUAUUGCAAAUAUCACGUGAUGACAAUGUAAAAGAGAUGCUAUAUGGACGCUCAAUUGAUGCAAAUUUACCUAAACUGCAGAGGCCGAGCUCUUCAAGUUCAUCUGAAAGGACCCCAUCAAUCAAUGCUGCAGGCAGGACUCAGUCUUUGCCAAUAACAGCACCUCAUCUUCCAUUGAUUUCAGUGUCUAGGGGGGUGAGUCCAUCUCGAGCCAAGGCUACUAUCCCUUCGUCUAGAGGAACUAGUCCAGCCAGGCUAAGGCCAUCCAGCCCUUCCAGACACCCUCAGAAUUCAAGUUCUGUUCUUAGUUACAUUGCCGACGCUCAGAAGGCAAACACAGCUGAGAAUGUUGAAGAUGUUCAUCAAUUGAGGCUGUUAUAUAACAGAUAUUUGCAAUGGAGAUUUGCAAAUGCACGAGCUGCCGCAGCAUUGCAUUCUCAAAGUGUAAAAUCCGAGAGAAAGUUGUACAGCAUGGGGAGGAUAAUAGCAGAUAUAUGGGUUUUGAUGAGGCAAAAGAGAUCUAAGUUCCAGCAGCUGGGGCUUAAGUUGAAGCUUUUCUCAAUUUUGCACAACCAGGUGACCACCCUUGAUGAAUGGGCUUCUGUCGAGAGGGACCAUACGAACACAUUAACCCGGUUCACCCAAAAUCUUCAGGCCAGCACUAUCCUAAUUCCUCUCACGAGAGGAGCCAGGGGAGAUGUUAAUUCAGUUAAGGCCGCUCUGUACUCGGCUUCUCAUGUGAUGCAGUCAGUGGAAUCCUCAUUAGGUUCCGUUCUUUCAAAGGUGGAGGAGAUGAAUCAUUUGAUCGAAGAGGUUGCUGAUGUGGCGGCGAACGAGAGAGCCAAGCUCAACAAAUGCCAAUCACUUUUGUGCUCUACAGAUGCAUAUCAGCGUCGGUUGAGCAGGUGGAAGAAUGCUACCUCAGGACCCUUACAUUGCAGAUGAAACAAAGUGGUUCUUAGAGAAAAAUGGCAAAUGAUCGAUCUAUGUACAUUUGGUUAAUUACUACGAUGCAGAUCCAGACACGACGACUAUGCUGUAGGCCUCGCCUUCCCCGGAUGACGACGACGCCUGAGAAACCGUUUUUAAGGUGAGUAUAUACAUAUAUAUAUAUAUAGGCGAUGAUGUUUCGUUUGCACACUAAGUAUUAGAAAUAGUUAGGUAGUUUAGUUAGUUUAAGUUAUAUAUAUCCUUGUAGGUAGAGCUCUCCUAUGUUGGUUUUCACUUGUAUUUAUUUUUGGAAAUAAUAAGCAAAUUUGGGGGAGAGCUAUUUUCAAGUUGAUUACUAUAACUUAGAAAAUUUUAUGUUGUUGUUGUAUAUUGAUUUGUUAUUUUAUA